UCCCUCGUUUAGGAAACGUCUAAUGUCUCCUCUCGUUCUGCUGUAGGACCCUGUGCUGUUCACCGGCACCAUGAGGAAGAACCUGGACCCGUUCAGUUACCACAGCGAUGAAGAGUUGUGGAGCGCGUUGCAGGAAGUUCAGCUGAAGUCUGUGGUGGAGGAGCUACCUGCUAAGUUAGAAACGGUCCUGGCAGAGUCCGGCUCCAACUUCAGCGUGGGACAGAGGCAGCUGGUGUGUCUGGCCAGAGCCAUCCUCAGGAAGAACCGCAUCCUCAUCAUCGACGAGGCCACAGCCAACGUGGGCCCCAGGACAGAUGAACUGAUCCAGGAAACCAUACGAGACAAGUUCAGAGACUGCACCGUCCUCACCAUCGCUCAUCGCCUCAACACCAUCAUAGACAGCGACCGCAUCCUGGUCUUAGAUGCGGGGAAGAUCCACGCCUACGACGAGGCCUACACCCUCCUGCAGGAUCCAGAGGGCAUCUUUUAUAAAAUGGUGCAACAAACUGGUAAACAGGAAGCAGCAGCUCUGCUAGCGGCAGCCAAACAGGUGACUACUGCUUCUCUGCAGCUGGAGAGGACGGGGGCCGACAGAGAGGCCACAGCUCCAGCCUCAGAGCGGCCGGCGAGACGCUCAGCCCCAACAGUGCUGCUGCUGAUCCUUCAGGCUCGGACACCGAGCUCGGAAACGUUGAUGCAGAGCAAGCUUUUUAUUUAUCACGUGUUGAAGCGCUGCCUUGGAGAGAUGACUUCCAAACAGCCACGUGAUCCUUAAAGAACACUAAGUGCCUUGUUUCAGGUUUGCACUUGGUAAUUUAACUGAUGAAAAGAUCCAAAGUUGCACGUCAACAAACGGGACGACCGUUGAAUGUCCUGCUCCGACACAUUUCAAAGAGAUCACACUUUAAACGUUGAUUUCUGUUGUAGUAUUUUAAAUGGUUAUUUUUGCUAAAAAAAAAAAAAAACACUCCAAACAUUUUUUUCCUAACUGGCAUCAUAAUGCGUACCAUAGAGGGUUAAUACACACAGAACUAUAACUAUCAUUGCCCUCUGGUGGACACAUGGAGGAACUACAAUACAUCAGUUUAACAGACACAUAGAACUACAAGUAUAUCUGCCCUCUGGUGGCAUCUGUAAGUAAUUACAACUGUCUAUUUUGAAUUAUUAUUAUUUUGUCGUACUCCUCGUUGUUAAAUAGUUUUUUGUUCAGAGAAUAAAGACAGAACGUCUCCUUUUAAUGGAGCAGAUGAACUUUUUGCUUUAACACAUCAGUUGGUAUCAAAACGUCUCACCUUCAAAUAAAUAAAGCAAAAGAAGAAGAUGUUGGAGAGUGAAAUACUUCUUCUUCA